AUGGAGAGUCCGGCUAAGAGGAGGAAGAAGAACGACUCCAAACCCGCCGAAGUGCCGCCUCGAAGUCUUGAUUUCUUCUUCCGCAAGCAAAAUGAACAACAGAAUGGAGGAAGAAACGGUAUUGCGCAGCGUGAAGACGUCAAAAUACAAGAUUUGUCGACCUCGGAGACGCAGUUGACUGAUGAGGAACUGGCCAGAAGGCUUCAAGAAGAAUGGGCAAAAGAAGACGGACCACACGAGAGCAAUUUCAGGGAGGCCAAUGACCGCCAGUUGCCAAAGCCUGCCGAAGGACACGAGCACAAGGUCGAAGAAGAUGUCAAAGAUUUCGUAUCCGCCGCGCUUGAAAAGACCCCUCCACCCCAGCCUGUGCCACAAUCGAACACGAACAAGAAGGGUGUACUUGGGUUACAAUCAACAACCUCAGAAGAAGAUACCAUCACAUUGACGAUACCCUUUGAUCAGAGCCCUUUGUCCUUUGAUCCGUCACAUUAUGUCUCUGAUCUGAGAAAGCACUGGGCGGGAGAUGGCGGUAAUGCAUCGUACGCACUUCUAACGCGAUGCUUCGUGCUGGUCAAUUCGACACAAAGUCGGAUCAAAAUCGUGGACACUCUGGUCAAUUGUCUCAGGGUCAUCAUCGAGGCGGACCCUGAGAGUCUUCUUCCUGCUGUUUGGCUGGCUACAAAUUCCAUCUCGCCGCCUUAUAUCUCUCUGGAACUGGGUCUAGGCGGCUCAGCGAUUUCCAAGGCUUUGAAGAAAGUGUGCGGGCUCGAUGGUGCCGGUUUGAAAACACUUUAUGACAAACAUGGAGACGCAGGAGAUGUCGCAUUCGAAGCAAAGAAGAGGCAGAGCUUCACGUUGAGGAAACCGAAGCCACUCACCAUCAAAAGCGCAUAUCAAACGCUGGUCAAGAUUGCCAACAGCAAGGGCCAUGGAAGCGUUGAACAGAAGCAGCGGCUUGUGGAACGCCUCCUUCAAGAUGCGCGAGGACCAGAAGAAUCUCGAUACAUCGUGAGGACUUUGGUCCAGCAUCUGCGGAUCGGAGCGGUGAAGACAACCAUGCUGAUUGCCCUGGCACGGGCAUUCCAGCUCUCGCGUCCACCAGGGGCGGACUUCCCCAUUAGACAGACCGCCGAGCUAGCAAAGCUCAAGAAAGAGGAAUUAGCGGUUGUAUGGGCAAAAGCGGAAGAGAUUGUCAAGACAUGUUUUGCACGACGGCCCAAUUACAACGAUCUCGUGCCUGGCCUCCUCGAGCUUGGAGUGUCAGAAGAACUCCUGCUGCGUUGCGGCUUAGCAUUACACAUUCCUCUCCGUCCGAUGUUGGGUAGCAUCACUCGGGAUUUGAGUGAGAUGCUCACAAAACUGCAGGGCCGAGACUUCAGCUGUGAGUUCAAAUACGACGGCCAGCGAGCACAAGUCCAUUGUGAUGAAAAGGGCAAAGUGUCCAUCUUCUCUCGCCAUCUCGAAGUCAUGACAGACAAAUAUCCCGAUCUGGUGGCGCUGGUGCCUGAAAUCCGCGGUGAUGGCGUCUCUAGCUUCAUUUUGGAAGGAGAAGUCGUUGCCGUUGAUAGAAAUACAGGUGAACUCAAGACCUUCCAGACUCUCACAAACCGGGCCAAGAAAGAUGUCGAUAUCGGUUCCAUCCAAAUCGACGUUUGCUUAUUCGCAUUUGAUCUCAUGUACCUCAAUGGCGAGCCCUUGCUUGAUCGGCCAUUUCGCGAGCGACGCGGUCUGCUGCGCAGCAUGUUCAUCGAGAAAGAACACCAUUUCACGUGGGUGAACAGCAUUGACGCCACUUCUGCAGACUCCGAGACUGUACUGGAGUUCUUCAAGUCCGCCACCGACAUAAAAUGCGAGGGUAUCAUGGUCAAAGUGCUCGACAACAUGCCGAAUCCUGAUCUUACCGGCCCAGACGACGAGGAAGAGAAGCCUGCAUCUGCACCCGUGACCCCGAGCAAGAAGAAAGCCGGCAAGAAAAGUCAAGCUGAGAAACAAGAGGAGAAAGAAAAGGGCUCUCGUCGCAAAGCGCUCCUCUCCACCUACGAACCAGACAAACGGCUCGACUCGUGGCUCAAGGUGAAAAAGGACUACGCGCAGUCUGCCGACACGAUCGACCUCAUCCCCGUGGCCGGCUGGCACGGUCAAGGCCGCAAAGCAAAGUGGUGGUCGCCCAUCCUGCUCGCGUGCCGCAAUCCCGAGACUGGCAGUCUGGAGGUUGUCACCAAGUGCAUCUCGGGAUUCACAGACAAGUUCUACCAAGCAAACAAGGAGAAGUACGCCGAAGAUGGCGACAACACCAUGCGCACGAAACCGAGUUACAUCGAGUACAGCGCGUACGAGCCCGACGUAUGGUUCGAACCGCAAGAGGUGUGGGAGAUGGCCUUUGCAGACAUCACCCUGUCACCGACGUACACCGCUGCGAUCGGACUGGUCAGCGAGGAACGCGGUCUGAGCAUGCGGUUCCCCAGGUUUUUGAAAGUCAGAGAAGACAAGAGCAUCGAGGAGGCGAGCACGAGCGAAUUCUUGGCCGGCCUCUACAGGAAACAGGAGGCGCGGAUCAGAGAGACGGGAAAUGCCGGAGGUGGGGGACCCGAUGGCGACAAUGACGAGGUCGAUGAGUAA